CUAUAUAAAGAGGGCCAAAGUAAAAGCUUUCAUUACCAACAACCUCUUCUUCUUAGGAACCACAGAGCCUGUCGACUAAUUUAUUGCUUCUUUCCAAUUAAGAAGUGAUAGUAGCACAAGUUUCAUUCUUAGCCAGUGAAGAUGGAAGAGAGAAAGGGCGCAAAACCAAGCAAGGUUGAAGAUGAGGAGAAAUGGGUUUAUGAUUCUUCUCUGGAUCAUAAAGGAAAUGUUCCUCUCCGAGCUCAAACUGGUGUUUGGAAAGCCUCUCUCUUCAUCGUUGCAAUUGAGUUCAGUGAGCGGUUGAGUUACUUUGGAAUAGCAACUAGCUUAAUUAUCUACCUCACGAAAGUAAUGCACGACGACCUCAAGGUCGCAGCUAAAAGUGUCAACUACUGGUCUGGUGUCACCACACUCGUCCCACUAUUUGGAGGCUUCAUAGCUGAUGCUUACUUGGGUCGCUUCAAUACAGUUCUUGCUUCAUCCAUCAUUUACCUCCUGGGUUUGAUUCUUCUAUGCAUGUCCUGGUUCGUACCGAGCUUAAGGCCUUGUGACACUAAAUCGUGUCAUGGACCAAGGAAAAUCCAUGAAGUGGUGUUCUUCCUAGCCAUCUACUUGGUCUCUAUAGGGACUGGGGGUCAUAAGCCAGCUUUGGAGAGCUUUGGAGCUGACCAGUUUGAUGAUGAUCACCCUGAAGAAAGAAAGCAGAAGAUGUCCUAUUUCAAUUGGUGGAAUUUUGGCCUCUGUUGUGGGCUUUUACUUGGGGUGACUGUGGUUGUGUAUGUGCAAGACCAUGUGAGUUGGGGUGUUGCUGAUAUUGUUCUCACUGCAGUUAUGGCUGUGUCACUAGUUAUCUUCAUCGUUGGAAGGACAAAUUACCGUUAUAGGAAACCGACCGGGAGCCCCUUGACACCAAUGUUGCAGGUUCUUGUAGCAGCCAUUGCUAAGAGAAGUCUGCCUCACCCUUCUGACCCUGCUCAGUUGUAUGAAAUUCCCAAAUCAGAGAAGGUCCAUGGAAGGCUUCUGUGCCACACCAAGAAUCUCAAAUUUCUCGACAAGGCGGCGAUCAUAAGCGCUCAAACCUUGGCCGAGAAGCCAAGUCCUUGGAGACUAGCCACUGUGACCAAGGUAGAGGAGAUGAAGCUUGUGCUCAACAUGAUCCCCAUCUGGCUAGCGACUCUACCAUUCGGAAUGUGUGUAGCACAAGCCUCCACAUUCUUCAUCAAACAAGGAGCCACCAUGAACAGAAACAUAGGCAACGGUUUCGAGAUCCCCCCAGCCUCAAUCUUCUCACUUGCAGCCAUUGGAAUGAUCAUCUCCGUCACAUUCUACGAAAAACUCCUCGUCCCAAUCCUAAGAAGGACAACAGGAAAUGAGAGAGGCAUCAACAUCCUGCAAAGGAUCGGGAUCGGAAUGGUUUUCUCCAUUGCCACAAUGGUGGCAGCUGCCUUGGUGGAGAAGAAAAGACUUGGUGCUGUGGAGAGUGACCCAGUAAAGGGUUCACAUUCCAUGAGCGUCCUGUGGUUGGCGCCUCAGUUUGUGAUCAUUGGGCUUGGAGAUGGCUUCACUCUGGUGGGCUUGCAGGAGUAUUUUUACGAUCAAGUCCCUGACUCUAUGAGAAGCUUAGGCAUUGCGUUUUACCUCAGUGUGAUCGGAGCAGGGAACUUCCUCAGCAGCCUCUUGAUCACAGUCGUUGAUCACAUCACGGAGAAGGGUGGGAAGAGCUGGUUUGGCAAGGAUCUGAACAGCAGCAGAUUGGACAGGUUUUACUGGGUUUUGGCUUGCAUUGUUGCCGCAAAUUUGUGUGUUUAUGUUUUCUUGGCUCGGCGUUACUCUUACAAGAAUGUGCAGAAGGUGGCUGUAGUGGCUGAUUGCUAUGAAGGUGAGCUGGAAAAGGGAGGUCCAAUGGCAUGAAAAAAUAAACAUAUAUGGCUAUAUAUAUAUAUAUAUUAUAUAGUUUAGUGAGUCUAAAAAUAAUUUACAUGUCCAAUGGAAGUGCUCUAGGUUGUGAAAUCGUGCUUGAAAUUAAUUUUGUAAAGGCGUGGAUUUCAGUAUAAGAAAAUUUAUAUUUCUUAAUUAGGAAUGCAUAUAUUAAUUAAGGCAUUUCAGUACAAGUUAUGGAAGAUGUUAUAUUUCUUUCUCAAUAUUGAGAACAGAGUUGACUUCCAAAGUGUACUUAUAAGAUUAUAUGAAGGAAAUUACAAAGUA